ACUGCCCGGAUCCUCCUUUCCUCCUACGUACCUUCAUUGCUCUCAAUUGCUUUGACUAUUAUUUUGCUUCACCUUCUCCAUUAGAUCCAUUCCAGUUUAAAUUUCCACCACCCUUUUAUUCCACUCUACAUUUCUCUGAUCCGAUUCCUUUCAAAUCCGAUAGCUUGCAUUACCAAUACCAUUUUUCAAGAAGCUUUCUUGCUCUGGUUUAGGGGGAUUUUUUUGAACGGUAAAGGGAAUUUGAGAUUUGGGAUUGCUUGCUUUUUUUUGGUGGUAUUAGGCAUGUUGAGGGCGGGAUUGUCGUUUGAGCGGGUGCGCGGAGAGGAUCGAUUUUACAAUCCUGCCAAGGCGCGGAGGGCGCAUCAGAAUCAGCAGACCGAUCAACUGCGGAGAGCGCAGAGCGAUAUUACGGCGAGCCAAUCGCCCUCCGUUAAUGAUAAAUCGGUGUCUUCGGAGAAACGUGAGCCGGAGAACCAGGACCCGCCGAAACCGGUUGCGGUUCCGGCUUUUGAGCCGUUGGUUUCGCCGUUGAGUAAUUUGAAGCGGUUUUUGGAGUCAAUCAUCCCAUCUGUGCCAGCGCAGUAUCUCUCCAAGACAACCAUGCGAGGCAGGAGGACAUGUGAUGUGGAAUUUCAGCCAUACUUUGUUCUUGGUGAUUUAUGGGAGUCCUUUAAGGAAUGGAGUGCUUAUGGUGCUGGGGUGCCACUUAUUUUGAAUGACAGUGACUCUGUUGUUCAAUAUUAUGUUCCAUAUUUGUCCGGUAUUCAGAUGUAUGUCAAUUCUAUCAAAUCAUCAACAAAACCAAGGCAACCUCUUGAGGACAGUGAUAGUGAUUUUAGGGACUCAAGUAGUGAUAAUAGCAGCGAUUGUGAGCUUGAAAGAAGAUCGAAUGGCUUAAGAGAACAACGUAAUCAUCACAAUGUGGCAAGUGAGAUUCCCCUGAAGAUGGAUAGAUUGUCUUUGAGAGAUCAGCAGAUUUCUCAUCAAGAAGACUUCUCUAGCGAUGAGGGUGAACCUGUUAAUUCUAGAGGUCGUCUGCUUUUUGAGUAUCUUGAAUAUGACCGUCCUUAUAUCCGGGAACCAUUAGCUGACAAGAUAUCAGAUCUUGCCUCAAGAUUCCCUGAGCUAAAGACUCUAAGAAGUUGUGAUUUGCUACCUUUCAGCUGGGUUUCUGUGGCCUGGUAUCCAAUUUAUAGAAUACCAACAGGACCCACUUUAAAGGACCUAGAUGCUUGCUUUUUAACAUAUCAUUCACUUCAUACACCAGUCGGAGGCACACAAAGUGCAGAGACUCCAGUUUUAAUCCAUCCCAAUGAGAUUGAUGGGGUUCCAAAGAUGUCCUUGCCUGUCUUUGGUCUCGCUUCAUACAAGUUUAAGGGUUCCCUGUGGAUGCCAAACGGGGAAUCUGACUCCCAAUUAGCAAGCUUCCUCCUGCAGGCUGCUGACAAUUGGUUGCGGAAGCUUCAGGUUAACCACCCAGAUUUCCUGUUUUUCAGCCGUAGGUGGUAGUCAAAUUUCCGUGUAACUAUAUUACUCCUACCAUUCCAGAAUGAAAGUGCAUUUGCAGUUUUUAACUUGAAUUAUGCACCUAUCAGUCAAAAUCCCUUAAUUUUAAGGUCAAGACGGGAAGGUUGGUUUGGACCAAUCCUCUCUUCAUAAUAAUUUUAUAAAAGAACUGGGAAGCAAAAUCAUCUACUGCGAGUAGGAUACAGUUGGAAUGGAAGGAGAACUUUUGCAAUAAUGCUCUAGAUACAGCGGGUAGGGAAGUUUAGAGUGGCAUGUUAAUGGAGGGCUGGGCUCCGCAUGUAAAGUUUGUUAUAGCUUGCUGUUGACAAAGCUACUUUUAACUUUCUUUUUCACUUCCAUAUUAUCCUAGAAACCAGGCCUUUUUUCUGCCCUGAUGUUCAGUAUUUGGGAUAUAACUAUUUUAUUUAUCAUUAUACAUGGGAUGUCUGUAGGGUGAAUUGAGCUACCCUAAUAUGUAAUUGAACACUUUUUGUUCAUCAACUUUCAUGUUAUGGAAAAAAAAAGGAUUAUAGAGU